GCACAAAAUCUGUCCCCUCAUUUCUUAAAAAACCCACAAUUCACUGCUGCUCUAUGAAUGCCAGUAACGCUGAAAGAAACUAACGAAACCCAGCUUAAGAAUAAAGAUAAUCUAUUGUUUUCUGGUCCAGUUUGAGAGAAAAGGGUCUUUGUUGUUUUAGGGUUUCUUUUAGAUGGACGAGAAUUUGCUUGAUAAUAUCAUAAGGAGGCUGCUAGGGACGAAGAAUGGGAGGAGUACAAAGCAAGUUCAGUUGACGGAGGCUGAGAUAAAGCAGCUUUGUGCUGCCUCCAAAGAGUGCUUUCUUAGUCAGCCUAAUCUUCUCGAGCUUGAAGCCCCUAUCAAGAUUUGUGGAGAUGUUCACGGUCAAUUUUCUGAUCUUCUACGCUUGUUUGAGUACGGAGGAUAUCCGCCUACAGCAAACUAUUUAUUCCUAGGUGACUAUGUUGAUCGUGGCAAGCAGAGCAUUGAAACAAUUUGCCUUCUCCUAGCAUACAAAAUCAAAUACAAAGAGAAUUUUUUUCUCCUUAGAGGCAACCAUGAAUGUGCAUCAAUUAACCGUAUAUAUGGUUUCUAUGAUGAGUGCAAAAGAAGGUUUAAUGUUCGUGUCUGGAAGUUGUUUACAGAAUGCUUUAAUUGCCUCCCUGUUGCUGCUCUAAUUGAUGAGAAGAUCCUUUGCAUGCAUGGUGGAUUAUCUCCUGACUUGAAAACAUUGGAUCAGAUCCGUAGCAUUUCUCGCCCUGUUGAUGUGCCAGAUCAGGGCCUUCUCUGUGACCUUCUUUGGGCUGAUCCUGAUAAAGAUCUUGAUGGCUGGGGAGAGAAUGAUAGGGGAGUUUCAUAUACAUUUGGGGCUGACAUAGUUUCUGAAUUCCUUAAGAAACAUGACCUUGAUCUCAUUUGCCGAGCUCACCAGGUUGUAGAAGAUGGCUAUGAGUUCUUUGCAAAGCGACAGUUGGUGACCAUAUUCUCUGCUCCAAACUACUGCGGGGAAUUCGAUAAUGCAGGUGCUAUGAUGAGUGUGGAUGAUAGUUUAACAUGUUCGUUUCAGAUUCUUAAAUCUUUAGAGAAGAAAGGAAAGGGUGGAUUUGGCAACAACACAUUCAGACCAGGAACCCCACCUCACAAGGGUGGGAAGCGCUGAGUAAGACCGUAAAGUUCAAUGUUGGAUGACCAAUAGACCAAUAGGGUCGUUCUUGUAUCUACUUAAUGAUGGUGUUUUGUUGAAUGAAACUGUGAUGGCUGGCUGGACUAUUGUUGGAUGCAAAAGGAAGGAAAUUGGAAGGUAAAGUUGCUGGAAUGACAUAGGAGAAGAGCUAUGGAGCUCGGUUACCAGCCGGAACUUGGUUUUUCUUAUCAUAUGUAAAACCGGAUUCUAAUUCCAGUAUGUUGAUUUUUAAUUCUUGUAGGUAACGAAAUAUCAUUUCGUAUCGUAACUGUUUUCAGCUUCUGUUGUGGUUGGGGUAGUACCCUUCCAAGUCAAAUGGAAAGAAAAAAAAUUAUGAA